UUGGGAAACAUGUAGGCCUAAAACAGUCUGCUGAGCACUAUUUUGUACCAAAAACACCAUCCAAAAAAUAUGACAAUGUCAAUAAAGUGCACGUGAAAGUAAAGACGUAAACAAAGUAAUCUUUUGUAUUUCCAUACAAGUUUUAGGGUAACAGUCUUGGCAGUUAGUCUCCGCCCCUCCUGAGUGUGUAGUUGUGUUGACCAAAAACUUGCAUGUUACGACUCGACUGUGUGAAUUUUAGAAGCUAAUCUACCACAGUUGAACAUAAUCCCACAUCUUUCGAGGACAGAAGUUUAAGAGGACAAACUCCGUUAUAUCGACUCUGCGUUAGCUGGGUUGCUAACAGCAGAGGCGUCGAGAAGCUGCCUUGCUGCUACCGAUCACCGUCCAGCCUCAAACACACAUUUGGCUCUCUGCAUAGAACAGAAUGUCUAAAAGUGAACCAGAAGAGAUGAUCGAGAUCGAGAUCGAUGAACGGGAGAAACAGACAUGCCUGGAGGAAGGUGUUGACGAGCAGACCAUCACUGCAACAGAUUUGAUUCAACAAGAUAUUGACAUCAAUGAGCCCAUUGGCAAUCUGAAGAAGCUCUUGGAGCCCCGUAUCCAAAUGUCACUGGAUGCAUAUGAGAUCUGCCUGCAGGACAUUCAGCUUCACCCUGACCACAGCCUCUUCGAUCAGGGAGUAAAGACAGAUGGCACAGUGCAGCUGAGCUUGCAGAUAAUAACCAAACCAGGUGAGGAGAAGUUGAACAUUUUGGAAAUUGUGAAGCCUGUAGAAACGGUAGAGGUGGUGAUUGAUCCAGAUGCAGCAGGAGAGGAGGGAGGUCUGGUGGAGGAGGGUCAACUCAUUGCUGUGGAGCGAUCUGGCCUGUCUGAUGAGACGUCAGAGCAGGUUACACGCUGGGCCGCAGCACUUGAAGGCUACCGCAAAGAGCAGGUUCGCCUGGGCAUACCAUAUGAUCCUGUGCUCUGGUCAGCUGACCAGGUAAUCCACUGGGCUGUGUGGGUAAUGAAGGAGUUUAACAUUGAUGAGAUGGAAAUAGGCAGCAUUCACAUCCCAGGUCGAGAUCUCUGCUCAUUCAGCCAGGAAGAGUUCCUUCAGAAAGUGCCUAAUGGAGAGAUACUCUGGAGUCACCUGGAACUCCUUCGCAAAUAUGUGUUGGCAAGCCAGGACCAGUCUGGAGGGGACGCUACUGUCACCAUUGAUCAGCCUGUGCACAUAAUCCCAACUCAAGUGAGCACACCCACUGCCAUAAAGGUGUUGAAGCAGAACCGUGGCCCCAGAACUCCCCGAAUUUCAGGGGGAGAGGAGCGCAGCUCACCUGGCAACCGCACAGGCAACAACGGUCAGAUCCAGUUGUGGCAGUUCCUGCUGGAGCUGCUGACAGACAAGGAUGCAAGAGACUGCAUCUGCUGGGUGGGCGAGGAGGGUGAGUUCAAACUCAACCAGCCUGAGCUUGUGGCGCAGAAAUGGGGCCAGCGCAAGAACAAGCCUACAAUGAACUACGAGAAACUCAGCAGAGCCCUCAGGUAUUACUACGACGGGGACAUGAUCAGCAAGGUGCAGGGCAAGCGCUUUGUCUACAAGUUUGUGUGCGAUCUGAGAACUCUGAUUGGCUACAGUGCUGCUGAGCUCAACAACCUGGUGACCGAGUGUGAACAGAAGAAACUGGCUCGCAUGCAGAUGCACGGGAUUGGUCAGCCCAUCACUACAGUGACGCUGGCCACCACCACACUAGACAAAGACAGUUGAAGGAGGAUGUGUUAAAGUGCCCUCCAGCUGCCAAAGUUUGCUCUCAACCGCUGAUUGGAAAUCAAAUCAACUUUCUUCUUUUUUGACACAACUGUGUUUGUCAGGCAGAAAUGCUAGGCUGAUCCCUGAUCAGUGUGGAUUAACAACUUUGUUAUUGUCUUUAACAGUUGGAAGUUAGACUGAGGAAGGUAAAGUUUUUUUUUGUAUCUUUUCUUUAACUCUAACCAAGACAAUUGUGUUAAGGAUGAGUAGGCGAAUGUCUGUGUAAUUACUGAAAAAGGCCGUGUGCAUGUGACUGAAUGCUUUAAGGUGUGACUGAGUUAUGAGCUUUGCGUGAGAAGUUCCUUGUCUGUAGUUUAGGAUCAUUUUCACUGUAUAUACCGGUACUUAGUUUUUGAUAGCCACAAGGACAAGUGUAUUUUCAUAUUUUCCAUUUAUACAAGCCCUGUUUUGUAUUUUAUUUAGUGUUUGUUCCCUAAAUCGCUGGACCCUUUUUUGUCCACUAGAGGGAAUAAAGUGGAAAGCAUUUUUCUUAA